AUGAGCGGCCGAUCAACCCCAUUAGGCCACACCAAGAGCGCCAGGCAUUCCCGCAAUCUUUCGCAAUUGGAACACCUUAAGAAGGUCCAGAUUCAUGGACAAGCGUCCGGAAGCAACGAGCAUGUCUUCUCCUCCCUCCGAGCCACCCAGAUGGUGGACUCGAAGCCGGUCCUACCCGCCGAGUUGAUCGCGACCAUCCUGGACUACUUGCCGGUCUCCGAUUUGCUGAGGUUUGCGAGGGUAUCAAGGAGGCUGCAAGAGAUGGUAUAUGACGAUACGCGCUGGAUUCAGAAAUUGAAGCAGAUGGGCGCCUGGAAUGAGACGGAAGCAAGGCAGAGGGUAGAGGAGGCCAUGAAGAGGAAGACCGAGGCUCAGUUGGCCAGACAGACUGACGAGUGGAGGAGGACGGGAGUUAAUCAGAUAGGUGGCGAAAAUGGUUCCGGCGGGACUGGCAGGAAGCAUGCUGGAAGCGUCACGUUAUUCGAUGCAGGCGUUGAAGAGCAGAAAUACAGGACAUCAUUAGAAGCGCAACAGAGUCCACAGACCAAGCGCCGUGGUCCGCUUGCGGAUGGCUUCGAAGCCCUGACGAUAUCUGGCUCUCCGGCGUCACUCUCUACUCCUCUGCCUGGCUCGGUGGAUCCUCACAUAGCCCUCACCAUCUUCCGACGCGUGCGCUCAAUACGAGGUCAGGCGAAGCAAGAGUUCGGCAAGGUCUACAGCGCACUUGCGUCCAUCUAUUUUGACCUCGCUCGCUCAAAAGGCCACUCGGAUGCGCUUAUAUUUCGGACCUACCGUGACCCGGAACAGCAGGCUCAGAUACUGUCUAACCUAAAGCGAUUCGCCCAGUGUGAUCUUGCUCUUGGCUGGGCAGAACGAGAAGGAAGGCUCGAUGAUAUGAUAGGCGUCUUCGAGAGUGCUGUCCUUCGAGAGUUUGAUCAAGGCUACGCUGCGGACGAUGUGCCGGGUCGCAUGCACCGCUAUGCGCACGUAUUGGUCACGCUCAACGGUGGCAAGUCGGGCAUUGAGCUCUACAUGUCAAACCACCCGAUCUUGAACAGGACUUCGAAAAUUGGCAACCCGCUGGACUGUUUACAGGACGUCGCUUGGGGUCAUGUGGACUUCAAUCCUUCCCAGAGAUUCUUUGAACAGCUGGCCGGUGUAAUGGUACAGCAGGCCGAUAUCAUCGACAGAGUGUUUCCACAAACAGUAGACGUCCUCACACCUUUUUGGACGCGCUUGUGUGACGACAUCAUUUCGGAAUAUAUCGCUGCGCUCUUUGACGAAGCACAUGCAAAAGGCACGGAGACGUACGUCAAGGCAGUUGCUGGUAACUUCGGACAGGCGCUUCGAUUGGCCGCCUCGUUGAAGCCUACCAAGGCCGCACCGGCAGACUUUCUCGAGAAAGCGAAGAACAAACUGAUACAGUGCUACGAGAAACACUUUGAUCUCUACCUCAGUGAGGAGUAUGGAGUGUUCCGACUCAAAGCGGAGCUGGACGUUACGCAGUGGGAAAAGGAAAUGUCGGAUCAGGAGGCGUCCACCGAAUCCUUCUUCAUGUCCAAUGUGAAUCGGCAGGCUGCGAAACGAGACUUUCUCUCUUCAUUCAAGAAGGUCGUCAUGAUGCCCGUCAACGCUUUCCCGAUGUCGUCGCCUUUUGCUUCAGCGAAAUCAGCGACCGCUGCAAGCAGGUCAUCCGCCAAUCUGGACUCGAUAGAUACGGCUUACCCCAGCGCAAGACCCGCAACACCCACACUUGCGGGCUCUGGUACAACAACACCACGAGCUGCGGCUCCGCAACAAGAUCCGCCCAGCACUGAGCUUGCUGCAAAAGCCGCCAUCAUGAACUCUCGCUUGGAAGGCAUCAAGUCGCUCUUCAGCAUCGAGGUCGCUCUCAAUUUGACCCACCUCGCAAAGGCAUCUCUCGAGCGAGCUGCCACCAUGGUGCAGAUGGGCGGCUCCAAUGGCGAAGAGGCCAAGAAACAGUGCGAGAAGAUCUUCGUCACCUUACUCGACAUCCUCGGCAACCGCCAUGUGAAGAAAGGUUUUGAUAAGGCGGUGACGCAUUUGAGCAGCUACAACCCUCGUGAAGUACGGAAGUUCAAACAAGAGACCCAAGGAGGCGGCCAGACAUCGCAGAGCGCACAUAUCGGCGUCGAGCCUCUUGUCACGUUCUUGGAACUAGUGAACGUGGGGGACCUGAUCCAGCAAAUGGUAGACGUCUUUUACUCGCAAGAGCUCAUCGCCACCAAACUCACAGAACGCGACGACUUCCUGGACCCAGCCGUCAAGGAGAAGAAGAAAUUUGAACAGAUGCUCGAUGAGCGUGUUGCUGCCGGCCUGAAUAAGGGAAUCGACGUUCUGAUGGACGAAGUGGAUUACAUCUGCGCCACGACUCAGCAACCCACCGAUUUCAACCCCGGCAAGGAGGGGAUCGACGAUAUCGGUCCUUCUGCCACUGCCAAGCAGGUCGUCGAUAUGGUUAGUGGACAUACGGGGAUGCUGGUCGGUAGUACCGACAAAAACAUGCUCGACGUCUUUAACCAAGAAGUCGGCCUCCGACUCUUCGGCGCUCUAUGCAAACAUUUCAAACGCCAGCGCACCUCCGUCGAUGGAGCUAUCCGACUCAUCUCUGACAUUAACCACUACAGCACCUUCAUCGGGACUCUGCGGCAGAAACCUCUAUUGCCUUACUACGAAGCUCUCCGCGAGAUGUCACAAAUCUACCUCGUUCAUAUCGAUCCUCCGACUUCUGUGUUCGGGGGCGGGUCGGGGAGCGGUGGCAAGAGGGGGAGUUUCCUGACGGGGGCGAAGAGUUCCACGAGUCUACAGGCGAAGGAACUGGCUACUAUCAUCGCGGACAGCCAGCGGUAUCACGGGAUUUUCUCCGCCGAGGAGGUCUAUGAGUUUGCGGAGCGGAGGGCGGAUUGGUACUUGGUCAGAGGGGAUGUGGAAAGAGCUAUGUACGGGGUCGGAUGUGUCGUGAUGUGA